UGCGCCCAUGCGCCCAGCCUUGGUCCGAGAGGUAGAUUUUGGAGGCGCUCACAGACACAUAAUGUCAAUAGUCCGUUCAGCGGUCCACGCCAAAUGGGUUGUGGGGAAGGAGAUUGGUACAGCAAUGGUAAAAACUGCUAAAGUAAGAGCGACCAGACUUGUUUUGGAUCCCUACUUACUAAAGUACUUUAAUAAGCGGAAAACCUACUUUGCUGAUGAUGCCCUUCAGCAGUGCAGCGUCGGGGACAUCGUGCUCCUCAGAGCUCUGCCGGUCCCACGAGCAAAGCACGUGAAACACGAACUGGCGGAGAUCAUCUUCAAAGUGGGCCGAGUUAUCGACCCGGUCACAGGAAAGCCCUGUGCAGGAACCGCCUACCUAGAGAGCCCCCUCAGUUCAGAAGCCACUCCCCCCUGCGAAACUCAGGAAGAGCUCAAGUCCUCCUGAACCUGGGGAAGAGGGAGCCAGCGAUGUCUGUCUGUUUGCUCAGUGGCUUUUCAUACUGUUUCUCCUGUGACAUUAGAAGUAUUCAACAGAGUAAAGAGCUUAGCGUUCCAUAAAAAAAAAAAAAAAAAAAAAAAA